AUGAGCAGCACGGGUAACAAGGACUUCCGCGAUCAGCUAGGCAAGUUCCGCCUCGAUUCCAUUGGUGGGCCUUCUGCUCCUCCGAUAUGGUCGCAACCGCCUCCCGAGUCCACACCCGUUCCCGACGGCGCGUCGACCCCGUCUUCUCGCAGCAAACGUGUCUCUACGGCCUGUGACUUUUGUCGGAAGCGCAAGAAGAAAUGUGACUUCCGCUAUCCCAAUUGCACCGCCUGCACCCGCGCCGGGGUUCGCUGUACCAUUCCCCCGCCCGGUCCGCAAGUCGCCAACGCUUCCGUGCCCCGAGACCAAUUGGAGAACCUACAGAAACGAGUCCGAUGGCUGGAGGAGGUGGUGCGCCGGAAAUCUGGCAUUGCAGUGGCAGAGAUGUCCACGGGGACCCCCGUCGACGGCGAGGGAGACCCGGACUGGUGGUACCAGGUCCCGGCGAUGGUCGCGACCGGUGGAAAUCGUCCAUCUACGGCCUCGAUGCCGAGCCCCGGCAGUGGUGGCUCGUCCGUGACGGCCGGUCCCGCAGGCUCGGAGUCGUCGACCGGGGUAGGCACCGAGCUACCCAACGUGGGUGAGAUUUUUCGCGAUCAGUUGGAGCAUCGCCGACCGUCCGUGGCGCGCCCGGCAUCAGCUCCGCGGGUACUACGUCUAUCAUCGCUGGAGGAAGCGGAGCGGAUUGCCGGACAGUACUUUGACAGCAUGGGCUACCAGUAUCCCUUCAUGUCUCGCCCGGAAUUCAUGGGCCAUCUCCGGCAUAUCUAUACCGGCGGCGUGCCGUCACCCGAGGUUCACAAUGCAUAUCAUAUCAUUCUUGCGAUCUCGUUGUUGAUCGGGUCGGCGGACGCGUCGCAGGCUGCAGAGUUCUACCAUGCAAGCCAGGAGACAUUGCCCUUGGCACUACAAAACGAAGACUUGGCCGCCGUGCGGGCUCUGCUAGGCCUGGCGCUAUACACCAUGUUCGCAACGGCGGGCCCGAGCAUUUGGCAUGUCCUGGGUGCCACCAUGCGACUGUCGAUCAGCAUGGGACUGCACAAGGCUCGCUCAUAUGCGACCGUGGCGGAGGAAGAAACGUCCAAACGGGUCUUUUGGAGCCUCUACAAUUUGGACCGUCUCAUCGCGAGUACGUUGGGUCGACCUCUCGGAAUUGCGGACGAAGACAUCAGUGUCGGCCUCCCACGCGAGUUGAAUGAUGACGGGACUGAGGCCCCGGGCGCCAGUGCCAUGACCAUUCCACUGCAAGUGAUGCGCCUUCGACAGAUUUUCUCGCGCAUUUAUCGAUACCUGUAUAGCAAUCUACCCCGGCCGUCGCCGCAGGAAGUUGCUACCAUGCUGGGUCAGUUUCGCCACGAGGUGGACGACUGGCGCAUGACGGCCCCGGUGUAUCCUUCGGCCCUUCUCUAUUCCACCUCAUACUACGACUACUUGUACUAUACAACCCUUUUGCUCAUGUAUCGGCCCAGCCCGCGCAACCCCACGCCGGACGUGACCAGUAUCGUCAGCUGUGGUGAUUCCAGCAUUCAAGUGAUCCGAUCAUACUGGGACAGCUACUCAGUGGGCAAGCUCAAGUGGAUUUGGUUAACCCUGAGCCAAGUCUAUUUUGCGGGCAUCACCAUUUUGUGGUGCCUGGAGCAGAAUGCGCGCUCAUUACGUGAAUCCCGCCCUGCGCCAUGGCAUCCCGAGGAGCAGAUGAUGCGUCGUGGGACCCAGGCGGUCGUCGUGCUGCUAGAGGAAUUCGGCAAGCGGCACCCCGGGGUUGACCGGCUAGCGGAGACAUUUCGCCAUCAAAGCACGAUGAUCUUCAGUCAAAUGGCUUACCAGCAGCAGCAAAUAGAGCGACAGGAUCAACGGCAGCAGCGGCAACCACAACAACCACAGCCUCUCAUUCCACCACAAUCUUCCAUCACCUUGGCCCCGCCUCCACAACCUCCUGUCCCCUUGGCCCCCGUUCUCGACGAUGUGCUACUGGUCGAUGGCAGCGGAGCCGUGCCGAUGAUAGAUCCGCAAAUGGCGGAGCAACUGUUUUAUUCCUAUAACUGGUUUCAAGAGGAAAUGGCGAGUUACUAUACCCUUUGA